AUGCAAUUGCCAUGGGGCGGCCGCGACGGUCCGGGAAAUGACACCUUGCUACCGACAUCCAACAUCCCUUCCAUCACCGGCCAUGCUGCGGAUGGCCUUGAUUCCAAGGAUGGCGAUCGUCCACAGCGCCCAGGCCGUCACGUUCGAACCACGUCUUCUGAUGCACGGAACGUUGCCGAUCAUUUCUCCUAUAUGACCCCGAGCGAAGCCGCAGCGAAUUUACGGACAUCGCUCACCCUUGGCCUUACUCCAACAGAAGCUCUCACCAGACUAGGCGAAUAUGGUCCGAAUGAAAUUCCUCACGAAGACCCAGAGCCAUUAUGGCUACGAUUCGUUAAACAAUUCCAGGAGCCCCUUAUUCUGCUGCUUCUGGUUUCGGCCGGUACAUCGCUCCUCUUGGGAAACAUGGAUGACGCUAUCAGUAUCACAGUCGCUGUGACAAUUGUCGUGUCCGUCGGGUUCAUACAAGAGUAUCGUUCUGAAAAGUCUAUCGAGGCUCUUAACCACCUUGUGCCGAAUCAUGCCCACCUCGUCCGUGGUCAGAGCAAGACGUCGUCAUUGGGGAAGACUGCUACCUGGCCACCGCGUAUAGAUGAUGCCGAUUCAGCCUUGACCCCGGGCUCUGUCACUCCAGUCAGUGAUAUUCUGGAUGCAACAUCUUCCAAGGUCAUGGCUUCUCAGCUGGUCCCUGGCGAUCUCGUUCUGUUUACCACCGGUGAUCGCAUUCCUGCCGACAUCCGUGUUACCAAAGCCGCAGACCUAACGAUUGAUGCCUCAAACCUCACUGGAGAGACGGAGCCUGUGAGGGUGACGGCUGAGGCACGUAACCGUGGAUUCGGCUCAUAUGGUCUCGACAAAUCACAAUUGCCUCGACCCAACUCUCUUGCCCCCUCUGAGCAUGGAGAUUCUGACGCAGAUGGCAUUCAUAACAUUGCAUAUAUGGGAACAUUGGUGAAGUCGGGCCACGGUCAGGGUAUUGUCUUUGCGACUGGAGGCCAUACACACUUUGGAACUAUUGCUGUUAGCGUUUCUGGUACCGAGAGUCCAAGAUCACCGCUUCAGUUAUCCAUGGACGACCUUGGCUCGCAGCUCAGUAAAGCUUCAUUUGUUGUAAUUGGCCUCAUCUCAGUUGUCGGUUGGCUACAGGGGAAGAAGCUUCUUGAGAUCUUCACUAUUUCGAUAUCACUUGCCGUGGCCGCCAUCCCUGAAGGUCUGCCUAUUAUUGUAACUGUCACAUUGGCCCUGGGUGUUCAUCGCAUGGCUAGGCAUAAUGCGAUCGUCCGAAGGAUGCCCAAGGUCGAGACUUUGGGCUCCGUGAAUGUAGUGUGCACUGAUAAAACAGGUACCCUUACUACGAACCACAUGACAACUACUCGAAUGUGGUAUUUUGGAGCUCAAGAGCCUGUCCCGGUGGAGUCUGAUCACGAUGAUGUUGAAACGAAUCCAGACAUUAACCAGGCCACCCUUAGAGUGCUUCGCAUAGGCAACAUUGCGAAUGACGCGCGACUUGCUCAAAAGUAUACAGAGCACGGCCAAGCCGCAACAGCUGUACUUUCGUCGACGUUAGGACGUGGUCAGGUUUCCACAUAUACCCGCUGGGUUGGACAACCCACUGACGUUGCCAUGCUGGACCUCCUUGAUCGCUUCAAGGAACACGAUGUCAGAGAAUCUAUCGGCCCUCGAGUGAGCGAGACGCCUUUCAGCUCUGAACGAAAGUGGAUGGGUGUCACAAUUGGAUCCGAAACAAAGGGUGACAAGGAAUUCGCUUACAUGAAGGGCUCUAUCGAAAAGGUUCUGGCGGCAUGUGACAGCUAUCUCGAAAAGGAUGGAAGGGAAAUUGUACUUGACUCUGCACGUCGCCAGGAGGCCCUUCAAGCCGCCGAAGCCAUGGCUGUCCAAGGUCUCCGGGUAUUGGCAUUUGCCAGCGGUUCCGUCACGCGCCCAUUGAGAAGCAAAUCCGCAGCGCGCAGCAACCCUGGUUUCGAUCGGAGCGAGAGUCCAUCUUCUCACAGUCCAGAAGACAUUUACAAAAACCUCACCUUUGCGGGUCUUGUUGGUAUGCGCGAUCCUCCGCGACCCGGAGUUGGACGUUCUAUUAGGCGCUUGAUGCGAGGUGGGGUCAAGGUCAUCAUGAUUACUGGCGAUGCAGAGACGACAGCGCUUGCCAUAGGAAAGCAACUGGGCAUGAACAUUGCAGUCCCUAGCGGACAUUCAGGCGGCCAGAACACUGUAAGGCCUGUGCUGCGCGGCGACGAGGUUGACAGGUUGUCGGAGGAAGAUCUAGCGCAGGCCAUGCAACACACAACCAUAUUUGCACGAACGAACCCAGACCACAAGCUGAAGAUCAUUCGAGCCCUCCAGUCAAGGGGCGAUAUUGUCGCCAUGACUGGUGAUGGCGUCAAUGAUGCGCCAGCUUUGAAGAAGGCAGACAUUGGUAUUUCCAUGGGCCGCCAUGGCACUGAUGUUGCAAAGGAGGCAGCAGACAUGAUUUUGACGGACGAUGACUUUUCUACGAUUCUCAGAGCCAUCGAGGAGGGCAAGGGUAUCUUCAACAAUAUCCAGAACUUCCUGACCUUCCAACUCAGCACAAGUGCUGCCAGUUUGGCACUUGUUUUCAUUUGCACCUGCUUCGGCUUUAAAUCCCCUUUGAACGCCAUGCAGAUUCUGUGGAUUAACAUUAUCAUGGAUGGUCCUCCAGCUCAGUCUUUGGGUGUUGAAAGGGUAGACCCUGAUGUUAUGACCAAGCCUCCACGAAGACGAGGAGAUCCAGUACUUACCAAGUCGCUUAUUACACGCGUUCUCACAUCGGCGGCCAUAAUUACCAUUGGAACAAUGCUCAUCUACCGUCGUGAGAUGAUGGCUGAUGCACAGGUCACCCGCCGUGACACGACGAUGACAUUCACCUGCUUCGUCUUCUUCGACAUGUUCAAUGCUUUGAGCUGCAGGUCAGAGUCUAAGUCGGUACUUCAGGGCGAAGUUGGACUCUUUUCUAACAACUUGUUCAACUGGGCUGUGUCUCUCAGCAUUGCUGGACAGUUGCUUGUCAUCUAUUUUCCUUGGCUCCAGGAGACUUUCCAGACGGAAGCGCUUGGGUUUUUUGACCUCGUACGACUCGUUCUGUUGUGUAGCACGGUAUUUUGGGCGGACGAGCUGCGAAAAUAUCUCAAGUAUAAUAAAAGGCGUUUUGGAAACGAUUAUAGCCAGGCGGUGUAA